AUGUUUUCUUUUAGGUGUGGUUUCGCAGGAGAAACAGGACCAAGAUGCAUUAUUCCUAGUGAAAUAAAGAAACCUGAUGUUGCAAAGCCUGUCAAAGUUGUUCAGUAUAAUAUUAAUACAGAAGAGCUAUAUUCGUAUCUGAAGGAGUUUAUCCAUAUGCUGUAUUUCAGACAUCUGCUGGUGAAUCCCAGAGACCGUCGUGUUGUGAUCAUAGAAUCUGUCUUGUGCCCUUCACACUUCAGAGACACACUCACAAGAGUCCUUUUUAAGCAUUUUGAGGUACCUUCCGUUUUGUUUGCUCCAAGUCAUCUAAUGUCUCUCCUGACGCUUGGGAUCAAUUCUGCCAUGGUGCUAGACUGUGGAUACGCAGAAAGCUUGGUGCUGCCUAUAUAUGAGGGAAUUCCAAUUCUGAGCUGCUGGGGUUCCCUUCCUCUGGGAGGAAAGGCUAUCCACAAGGAACUGGAGUAUCAGUUGUUGGAGCAGUGCACAGUUGAUACGGGAUUAGCCAAAGGACAAAGCCUUCCAUCUGUGAUGGGCUCGGUUCCGGAAGACAUAGUAGAGGAUAUAAAAGUCCGCACUUGUUUUGUGAGUGAUCUCCAACGUGGACUGAAAAUCCAAGCAGCCAAGUUCAACAUUGAUGGCAGUGCUGAGCGUCCUUCACCACCUCCAGAUGUGGACUAUCCUUUAGAUGGAGAAAAGAUUCUCCACGUAGUUGGCCCCAUCAGAGACUCCGUUGUCGAAAUACUGUUUGAACAGGAUAAUGAAGAGACAUCUGUUGCCACUUUGAUCUUAGAUUCACUCAUUCAGUGUCCCAUAGACACCAGGAAGCAGUUGGCAGAGAACUUGGUGGUUAUUGGUGGCACCGCUAUGUUGCCAGGAUUCCUUCACAGGCUCAUGGCUGAAAUCAGAUACCUGGUAGAGAAACCGAAAUACAAAGAAGUACUUGCCACUAAAACCUUCAGAAUUCACACUCCGCCUGCCAAACCCAACUGCGUGGCCUGGCUGGGAGGAGCCAUUUUUGGAGCACUUCAGGACAUACUUGGGAGCCGAUCUGUGUCCAAAGAAUAUUACAGCCAGACAGGCCGCAUACCUGACUGGUGCUGUCUUAAUAAUCCUCCACUGGAAAUGAUGUUUGAUGUUGGAAAAGCACCUCCACCACUGAUGAAGAGGGCUUUUUCUACUGAAAAAUAAGCACCUAAAUGCUACACAAGGAUUCUGCUCAUCUAUUUCAAGUAGAUGUAUAUGCAUUGACUUUUUUUUUUUGGUAUUAAGUAAUUUGUGUGUAACACUAUUGAAUAUGAACAAUGUGAUUGUUUUGGGGGAGUA